CCAUUUUUCAUUCACCGUUUGUCUCAAUUACUUAAAACCACAUGGUUGAUAUUUAAAUUUAAUAAAUUACGUAAAUGAUACCAUGUUAUGAUUUCCUGCUUAUCAUUUUGCGCGUGAUUACACAACCAAUGUAUAUAGAUGUUUAUUCUAUGGAACAGAAUUAUGCAAAAUACUGUAAUCCAACGCUAUGUCUGCUCUUUACCAAGCUACGAGGUAACUUUAUGUAAUGUUUGUUUAGUAUAGUUAUAUGUUUGAAGUAGUGAAUUUUUCACAUUAUACAUGUAAUUAUGGAACAAAAAGUCAAUCAUAAUUAUUGCUACAAGAGCUCUUAUAAGGCUGCUUUACAAGCAUUGCAUGGUUUACAAAGCAAUGCUGAAUAUUUGAAUUUAGCAACACAAAAUAAUUGUAAUGAUUCUUGUAAAAUUACUGAUACAAGAAAGUAUCUGCUUCGAACUGGCAUUACUCUUGAGAAGUUGGAUACUUUGUCUGUUAUUCAUGUAGCAGGUACUAAAGGGAAAGGUUCUGCUUGUGCGUACACAGAAGCUAUUUUACGUGAACAUGGCUAUAAUACAGGAUUUUUUAGUUCUCCCCAUUUAAUUAGUGUAAGGGAACGCAUAAAAAUAAAUGGACAAUCAUUAAGUCAAUUACUCUUUGCUGAAUACUUUUGGAAAGUGUAUGAGAAACUGGAGAGUACAAAGGAGCAUGAAUCUGAUAUGCCUAUGUAUUUUAAGUUUUUAACAAUUUUAAUGUUUAACAUAUUUUUAGACUUGAAUGUUGAUGUUGCUAUAAUUGAAGUUGGAAUUGGGGGACUAAAGGAUUCCACAAAUAUUGUAAGAAAUCCUGUAUGCGUGGGUAUAAGUAGUUUAGCAAUGGAUCAUACAUCCUUACUAGGUAAUACUCUAGAGGAUAUAGCUUAUCAGAAGUCUGGGAUUUUUAAACCAAAAACUAUUGCAUUCUCUGUUCCCCAACUUCCACUAGCAAUGCAUGUACUAGAAAAAAGAUCAGUUGAAGAAAAUUGUACACUGCACAUUAUACCUCCUUUUGAGGAGUAUACAUGGGAAAAUCUGUCACCUAUUUUGAAAAUAAGAAACCAUGUUCAGAAGCAAAAUGCAUCAUUGGCUAUUCAAAUGGCUACUACAUGGAUUAUGGUUGAAGGCAAUAAAAGUCCAUCUGUUGUGUAUAAUACUGUGCAGACUAACAAAGUUAGCUACAUAUAUAACAACUAUGUACAGCAAACAAAUUUAUCAAAGAUUGUGUCCAUGGACAAAAUUGCAAUGGGUUUAGCUUCCUGUAACUGGCCUGGUAGAAUGCAAAUUUUAAGAAGUAGUAUUGCUGAUUUUUAUUUAGAUGGUGCGCAUACAACUGAAAGUAUUGAGAGUUGCAUUUCGUGGUUUAAUGAUGUAACCAAUAGACGUAGAGGAAAAAAGAGUUUGAUCUUUAAUGUUACUGGAAAUCGAGAUUCAACUAAACUAAUGAUACCUUUGAAAUCUCUACAUUUUGAGAAUGCAUAUUUUGUACCAAAUUAUGCGGGAGUUGAAAGUAUAGACGAUGCUUUCAAUCGUUUUAGAAUGGACGAACAAAAACUUAAAUGUUUAAAAAAUUCCGAAUUCUGGGGAGCAGGUUCAGUAAUUGCAAAUAGUGUUUCUGAGGUUUUGCGGGAGAUAAAAAAGGACACUUCAAAACAUCAAGUUACUUGCAAUAACGAUGAGAAACAUCAAGUUCUCGUAACAGGAUCAUUACAUUUAGUAGGUGCGGUUCUUGCUGUAUUAGACCCAGAUUUAACAAUGAAUACACAAUUUUAAUGGGUUUAAUUAUUA